UCCGGGUAGCUCAAUUGUUAACUUUCUAUCUGACACCCGAUAAAGUCACGGUGUAGUGAAAAUGGGCAUUUAAAUAAGUUGUUAAACUUACUUUCACUUAUGAGUUUAAGUCCGAUUGGGUAGAGCGGCGGGUAUAUAUGUAUAUGAAUUUGAAGUAGAUGAUUUAAUUUCAAUUCCUUCGAACGAACUUGGGCAAGGUGUCUUUAAGACGGAUUUACUUAAGUGGUUAUUAGAUGAUAGGACUUCUGUUACGCAAAAAUGAAUAAAGUAGCCGGACAAUCAAGUCGGAUCCUUAUGGACAUCCCCUGCAAGGUGUGUCAAGAUCACUCAUCCGGAAAACACUACGGGAUAUAUGCCUGCGACGGAUGUGCAGGCUUCUUUAAGCGCUCAAUCCGUCGAAACCGUCAGUACAUCUGUAAAUCACGUGGUCAGUCCGGCUGCCCCGUGGACAAGACCCACCGGAACCAGUGUCGGGCAUGCCGCCUAAAGAAGUGCAUAGAUGCGGGCAUGAACAAAGAUGCUGUGCAGCACGAACGCGGGCCCCGGAACUCAACCAUUCGACGCCAGGUGGCGAUGUACCUUAAGGAGACCAGCGAGCUGUCGUCUCUCUGGGGCGCCGGCCCCAUCCCCAGCCCAUACAUGCCCGGCUUUUACACGUUCGAGCGUCUAAAUGACGGCAUCACCGUGAGCGCCGUCGAUUCGCCGUCAGCGUCACUUAGUCCUAUGACGUCACCGCUCGUGUCGCCGCUCGCAUCACCACUAACGCCCACAGCAGUAUCGCCUGGGAUAAUAUGUCAACCAACUCCAAAAUAUCCACACGAGCUGGUUCAGUCUUACUUCAGCCACCCGGAAGCCGUCUGCGAGGCGGCGGCGCGUCUUCUCUUCAUGAGCAUCAAGUGGACGAAGAACGUUCCCGCCUUCCUAGGCCUCCCCUUCCGGGACCAAGUCACGCUCCUAGAGGACGCCUGGCGAGAGCUCUUCGUUUUGGGGGCCGCUCAGUUCCAAAUGCCGCUGGAUGCUGGGGCGCUCUUGGCUGCAGCAGGCCUGACCAGCGAGUCGCCGUCUGACAAGGUGGCCAGUAUCCUGGCCGAGGUUCGCGCGCUGCAGGAAAUCAUCGCUAAGUUCAAGGCCAUUCAGGUGGACGCCACCGAGUACGCAUGUCUGAAGGGAAUAGUGCUUUUCAAAACAGUUUUACAUAACAAUGCUAACGGCGAAGUCCGGACACUGCGCGACUUUCACACCGUGGCAUCUUUGCAGGACCAGGCACAAAUGACCCUCAGCAAAUAUAUACAAACGUCUUACCCCACCCAGCCGUUCAGAUUCGGAAAACUUCUGCUUUUAUUGCCCACACUCAAGACUGUGAGCGGCAACACUAUAGAAGAACUAUUUUUCAGAAAAACAAUCGGAACUAUACCGAUUGAGCGUCUAUUAAUAGACAUGUUUAAAUCGAAUGACUUUUGAUGAGGUAAUUAUUAGGCCAAACGGCUUUGUAAAUAUGAUUAUUGCAUUAAUGCAAUAGUGCUCUCCCUUUACAGGGACUAAAUGUGUAAAUCAAGCAUAAUAUUCAGGUUUGAGCGGUUGAAAAUCGCCGAGUGACAUGUUUUGCGGCAUACGAUGAACGCACUACUUUCUCCUCAAUAGUCAAAGGACAACAUGUACGUAGCAGUUAACAAUUAAAUGUAUAAAUAUUUGUGUUAGGGCUAUGGUUACAUUAUGCAUAAUAUAGACGACCAAUAUAUACGUGUUAAACAUAUUUAUUUCAUGUUUUAUUUAAUCACAUGUGGCAAUUGCAUUAUAACAAACAUACGGUCAUAGCGUUAUUAUAUCGCUCUUAGGUGUUCAUUUGUAUAGUGUUAUUUUUAUUUCAUUUUAUUUUAUUUAAGAAAGAUCUUGGUUUUAUUGCUCUUAAAUUGAUGUUAUGUUCACUAUAAAAUCAUCUGCACCUGUUGUAGUAAUCGCAACUAAAAUGGCAACAGCAUUUCUUUUUUAAAUGUUAUAAUUUCCACACAUCGAAAGUCACUAACUACAUAAUUACCCGAGUCCGGCACAAUUUGUAAAGAAGUGUCAUAUUCUAAUGAGCCUAUAUUAUGGCCAUUUGAUUGGCCCGCACCGACAAUUUUCAACAAACCACGGGAAGGAAGUACACCAAUUUUUUGGACGUUUUGACACUUGUUUUGGAAGACAUAUUGAAUUUAAACACAAAUGACUUUGCAGUUUUGGACAUUGUGAAUGUGUAUUUUUAAAUAUAUGGUGGUAGAACUGCAUUUUUUUCAGAUAUACAUAGUAUCAUUUGUAAGUUGUUAAACAUAUAUAAUUUAAAAAUAUAAUAUAAAAGUGCCCGAGUACGUGAACACAUAUAUGUCAUGAUUAUGGACCUUUUCAAAAUGAGAUAUUCAAGAAAUGAAAGAAACAAAUGUGUGCGAUCCUUUUAUAAUCACCAUUGCAAGUGGAGAUUUUUCAAUCUGGAUUCAUUAAAUAAAUUAUACGACAUAAUAAAUGAACGGACAAGAAAAAUCAUAUGCCACAUGGCUAUUUUCUCACGACGUAAAAUAAUCUGCACGGAAUCUUGUUGCGAAUUGACCGGCAUUGUCAAUGAAAGAGAAAACGCUUCUCACAAACUAUGGCGAUAAUGAGGCGGAAAUUACCGACUAUCUUCCUACUAAUCUUACCUCCAACUGGAGAGUAUUCACAAAUGGCGCAUGACAACUAUUUGACGUGACGAGUUUAAUGGUGAUUUAAUUGAAAUUUCUUCUUUUAUUGGAAAAUUACAGGGUAAUUGUGGGAUAUUUAGUUAACACACACAGUCGAGUGACAAAAUGGAGACAAUGUCAUGAAUAAUUAAUUUUGACUGGUAGUUAGUGUAAAUAAAACCUAACCACUCUACGAAAUCAAACGAAUUGAUUUAAAGCUAAUCGAUGUAUAUGGGCUUUAUUUUGGCUUGAAUUAAAAUAGAUUUGAAAGAGAAAUUAAUUAGCGUGCGAUAUCAGUCAAUUUGUCCUUAUCAGAUAAGCGGAUCUGGUAUCAAUGUGUGUAACAUAUACUUUUAUUAAAUUCUGUAUAAUAGCUGUCCGUUUCGAUAGAUGGGGCUAGAUAGCGAAUAUUUCUUAAUUAAAGUUGGUCUAAUGCAUUGACUUUGUUUCGGGUUCAAAACCUCAAAUAAUAUCGUAAAAAAUGACGAGUGUCUUUAGACAAGACAAUAUAUAUGAAAUUAAAAUGAAAUACAGUCCAUUCUAUAGAAUUUAUAUCGUAUUACAUAGCAUUAUGAUCAUCAUCAUGAUUAUUAACAUUAUAAUCAGCAUGAUCACAUCAUUUAUCAACAACAACAAUUAUAACAACACGAACAUCUUUUAUGUCUUUCUCUCCAUCGUUUGCUUCUACAUCAUAUAUGAUGAUUUGUAAUGUCACAAACUAAUAAUAUACUCAAUACCAUCGUCCUAAGCGUAAAUAAAGCAAAAUACUUGCGGUUAAUCACGUGAAAUAAUACAAAUAUCGUUAAACAAAAAUAACAUGUGUUAAUAUAAUUCAGUUAGAUUAUAAAACAAAUUAGUAUAGGAUCUUUUAACUGUCCACAGGUGAACUCAUUAGGUAUUGAUGUUGCUGGAUUUGAACGAGCUUCGUCCUAGGAAAAAUUAUCUAAUUGCACAGGCUAAUCAGGGACGACACUUCGCUUACUCUGGAUAAACGUUAAGAAGAGACCCCCCCAUUACAAAAUCAUUUAAAGCGGAAAGUGUCGUCUCCGAUUAGGACGGCACAUUUCGCUUUUAUGUUUUUGUGAAUGAUGUAGGUCUCUCUAUCUUGGCUGACACUUUACGCAUAUUCGUUAAGCCUAGAUUUCCCAGAACGCAGCCUAAUUGUACAUCCAUAAUGUUAAUAUGACAACAUUUCCCACAUUAACACACGGUGCAAGUUUAUCACGAUACUUUCUAGUAUUAAACUAGAUUAUGUAAAAAAUGUGUCAUACUUAUUAUAAAACUUAUUUAAUGUUCACUUGUUCACGCUAUAAAACAUAUUUGGAAUAAACUAUUAUUGAUACUUA